AUGGAGCCAUUCACUGAUACAGUUUGGAUGUUCAUGAUCCAGGCUGCUGUUGUGACACAGGAGGACAGGACAGGUGAGGAAGGUGAUCAGUCAAUUGCUCCAGGUGGUGAGGUAGAGCGCGUUUCAAUUCCACGCCUACGCCCACGUAACUAUCGUUGUAGGCGUGUGCUGGCAGACUUCUCCGAGAAGGAUGUGAUUAAGAACUUUCGCUUAUCCUCUCGUUCAAUCCAUAUGCUGUAUGACUUGGUGGAGCCGGACCUUGAACCACGGGUGCCCACUAAUCACGCAGUCAGUGGUAUGUCUAAACUGCUGGCUGCAUUACAUUAUUUUGCGUCUGGCACUUUCCAGCCAGUUUUGUCCCAAACAGUCGGUUUUUCACAGCCCACAUUGUCGCGUAUUUUAACUCAGGUCUGUACGGCUUUCCGUAAAUUAACGACCCAGUUUAUUCAUUUUCCAAGCACUGUCAGCGAAUGGAGGGAGGUCAAAUUGGAUUUUUUUGAGAAAUCACGCUUUCCCAAUGUUCUGGGCGCGAUAGAUUGCACUCAUGUGGCGAUCGCACCACCAAGGCAAAUGGAAGAGUGUUUUCGUAAUAGAAAAUCUUUCCAUUCCUUGAAUGUUCAGAUGGUGUGUGAUGCCAAAUUGAAAAUAACCAAUCUUUUUGCGGGCUUCCCUGGGUCGGCCCACGAUUCCUUUAUUUUGAGCCAGUCAUCCGUGUUCCGUGAUUUUGAAGAUUGCAACAUGCCGGAUGGGUGGCUGUUGGGUGAUGGUGGAUACCCUAACAAGAGUUGGCUUCUUACCCCAUUGUCCAAUCCCGAUAGUGAUGCUGAGCAUAUGUACCAAAAAGCGCACAUUACAUCGAGGGGUGUAAUUGAAAGGACCUUCGGUGUGCUUAAAUCCCGGUUUCGCUGUUUAGACAGGUCCGGGGGUACGCUGUUAUAUUCUCCGGAUAAAGUUUGCAAUAUAGUUAAUGCUUGUUGCAUUUUACAUAACAUUUGUGUUGCAAACCGAUAUCCGGAGAAUAUAGAUCCAGGUGUUUGGCCGGAUUCGGACAUUUGCACAGCAUCACUUGAGGGUAUGAAUGAUGGAGGUGAUGCUCGUCAAACACUAAUAGAUGGAUUCUUCACUGAAGAAUGUGCUUGA